GUUGCCCAGAUCAGAAGGAACCAAAAAGAGUUUGUUCAAUCUGAUCAACAAAAUGGACACUAUCAAGAGAAAAUAUCUUAUGUUGUUCAAUUCCGUCUUGUUAGCAAUUGGUGCCACUGGCGGUCCACUUCUUCUCCGUCUCUACUUCGUCCGCGGUGGUAAAAGAAUAUGGCUUUCGAGUGCGCUAGGUAGUGCAGGUUGGCCGAUUUUAAUCCUCCCUCUCUCGCUUUCAUACAUCUUCAAGCGUGGCGGUGGUGGCGAAAAUGGCAGAGUCAAAUUUUUCACCAUCACACCACCUCUGAUCAUAUUUAGCGCUUUUAUCGGUUUACUCUUGGGGUUAAACGAUUAUUUAUACAGUCAUGGGGUUUCGCUUCUCCCGGUAUCGACAUCUACGUUGAUAAUGUCCACUCAUUUGGCAUUUACGGCUGGUUUUGCAUUUGUUCUUGUGAAACAGAAAUUCACUCCGUAUUCGAUAAAUGCAGUUGUGUUAUUAACGGUCGGAGCUAUACUUCUUGGUCUUCAUUCGAAUGGUGAUAAACCUGUAAAUCAGUCGAACAGAGAUUAUUAUUUCGGUUUCUUUCUCACGGUUGGAGCUUCUGUGAUCAGUGGAUUGUUGUUCCCAUUGGCGGAGUUGAUGUAUAUUAAAGCUAUGCAAGCUUUAACUUACAGUUUGGUGAUAGAAAUGCAGAUUGUGACGGCUGUGGUUGCUUCUCUUUUCUGCAUUGUUGGAAUGAUUAUCAACAAUGACUUCAAGGCAAUUCCAAGUGAAGGUAAAGAAUACGAGCUCGGGGAGGUCAAGUAUUACGUAGUGCUGGUAUCUAUUGCCAUUAUGUGGCAAAUUUACUUCGUCGGAACAGCAGGAGUUAUCUUCUGUUCGACUUCUUUGCUUGCUGGUAUUAUCACUGCCGUUAUACUACCGGUUACGGAGAUCCUAUCUGUCGUGUUCUACCAUGAGAGUUUCAAAUCGGAAAAGGGUAUUGCCUUAUUCCUCUCAUUUUGGGGUCUCAUCUCUUACUUGUACGGUGACUACAGAGAAAACAUUAAAUUGAAGAAGGCCGCGCAGAAGCAGAGUUCGGAAUUAGAACUAGACGAAAACCUCCCUCCUCAAACCAACUUGCAAUAAAUUAAUAUAGCAACAUUUGUCAUUUUACCAAGUUUUGGGUAUGAAUUCAGAGAUCGGGUAUUGAAAUAUUGCACAUCCAUCAUGCAAUAGACUAAGUUACCAUCCCCGAUGAUUGAAUGUUGAAAAUACAUAGAAGCCAAACAUGUUGUUACCCAUAUUCUUUAACCACCAUGUACCUCCAACUUGUCAUCAUAUUGAUAGGAGUAUAUAUGCAGUGGGUAAUAUUUUUUGCUUUU